AUGGUAACUCAUUUGGACGUCUUCCACAUCACAGUGGUUUCACAGUAUUUGUACUCACAAACAGAUUUUUUAGCACUUGAAUCUGUCAGCAAGAAAUAUUUGAACUUUCCUUCCAAUUUCCAUUUCAAUCCAAUUCCGCUUACUCGACACAACCGUCACAUAUUUCCACAUGUUGAAACUUUACACGUAUACAGUGAAUUAGAUGAGACUUUUGGGAACACUUUAGAACCUUCUGUAGUUCCUUUGAAUGAGACACGUUCUAAAAAUCGUCUUAAAAAUUACUCAAAAAAGGGUUUACCAAAGAGAGAGACUUUCUAUAAAAUAGUAGUUUGGUAUUUAGUCUCAUACUCCUCUUCCCUCCAGACCAACCACGGAAGUGUCGACUACAAAAACGUGUGUUACACUUUAGAAGACAGAAACGGGUAUGGUUCUGCCAUUCCAAAUGUCAUAAGAACCUUUGGAGAAGGUCUUUUUGCAAAUGAGAAAUUCAAGACAUUUUCGAUUCCUUACAAAGUCACUCAACUUGGGUGUUUGUGUUUUUCAAACUGCACUUCACUCAGUCAAAUUAUGUUUCUCGAUACUUUAAAAGUCAUCCAAAAAGGCUGUUUUCAAAAGUGUGGUUCAAUCUCAUCACUUUUCCUUCCAAAUAGUGUCACAUCAAUAGGUGAAAGUUGCUUCUCGUGUUGCUCCAACUUACUUGCAGUCACUCUGCCAACUACAAUCGACGUUUUGUGCUCUGAAACGUUUUCGUCUUGUAGUUCGUUGACUUCUAUAAUACUACCCGACACUAUAACACUUCUUGAAUAUGCCGUUUUUAAAGGCUGUGUUGCUUUAGUCGACAUUGCACUGCCUAAAACACUGAAAUUGGUGCCUGAAAGUUGCUUUAAUAACUGUAGAAGUAUACCACAGAUAACACUCCCAAGUUGUGUUGAACAAAUUGGACCACACUGCUUUGCUAAUAACGUGUUGCUCACAACAAUAGUAUUGCCACCAUCUUUGUAUCAACUUGGAAAUUUUUGCUUCUCGUUUUGUGCGUCUUUAAAGCAAAUAGAGUUGCCAGAAAGUAUUUUAGAGAUCCCAAGUAAUUGUUUCUCAGACUGCAGUCUUCUUAGUCGAAUUAGUAUCCCAACGCAAGUCACUUUAAUUGGAGACUCGUGUUUUAAGAACUGCAAAAAUCUUGGAAAAGUCCGUAUGUCGCAAAGAAUCGUUGCAAUAGGAAGAGAGUGCUUCAGGAACUGUAGUGCACUCAAAAAGGUUGAAAUACCAUUUAAAGUCGAGUUAAUAAAACCACUGUGUUUUUCGGGGUGUUGUCAAUUGAAAAGAGUCGAAAUACCACUACACGUCAAGUUGAUUGGGUCGGAAAGUUUUUGUGGGUGCAGUUCGUUGAGUCGAGUGUAUAUACCUGAGAGUGUCAAAACUUUGGGAGAUAAAUGUUUCAAAGGAUGUAUAUCACUGAAGACAGUUGUUGUUCCUAAAAGUGUAAAUCGUGUUGGUGAAAAGUGUUUUGAUGAGGAUGUCGAUGUGCAGUAUAUUUAUUGA